UCCACGUUAAACUUGAACGUACACCUUGAACUCCAGAAAUGACCACCUCACAGGAAAUAUCCACCGUACACGAUGCGCCACUCAAAAGCAGUGAUUCAGCAUCACCAACGGUGAUAUACCACCCUCCGACACUGCAUAUACCUCUUCCAAUUCCACAUAUUGUCAAUUCCGCUACUGGGGGUGCCCAUUACUCUGGAGCGCCUGUGUCUGACAGCGAUGAACAAAUUGUUACGUCUCCUGUAAAUCCAAGUCCAUCCAUGCAAGGGGAUGAUAUGAUUCGGGAUCGCAUCAUGGCUGAACUGAAGGAGUUGUACUGUUGUCGGCCAUCAAAGGAGAUUUUUGAAAGAACUUGGAGGCCCGAUGCAGUUUUUGAGGAUCCUUUGGUCAAAUGCGAGGGUUAUGAACAAUAUGCUCCUCAGUGGUUUGCCAUGGCGAGUCAUCGUGCUUUCAACUGAAAUGUCAAAGUCUCAUAGUGGGGCCUCAGGCAAAGAUUUUUUCGAAAUCAG